UUCCUUUCAUUUUGCAUUUCGGUAGCCUCUCCAAAAUGGCUGCUGGUGACACAGCUCUGUGGCUGCACAACAAAUUAGGUUCUACAGACGAUUUAUGGUCCGGAAAGACCAUAUGUUCACAAAUAAACCAAGCAAAAUUACAAAAUAUCCAAGCUUGCUACAAUGCACUUCAACCACACGUUAAAGUGAAACUAAUGUUGUCAUUUCUUCACUUGCCAAGGAGGAAUGUAGAGCAGUGGAGAGCUGAUCUGGAAGAAAUACUUCUGAUGGCCACACAUGACACUGACCAGUGGGUGUCCAUGAUUGGUGAAAUUCUCAAGACAUUUCCAUCAAUGGGAACAUUAAAUCUAGAUCUGGAAGAUAAUGGCAUCUUUUCAGAAAUGACUUCAGAUUUAAAUAAAGCUGUAAAGAAAGCAGCUGGAGCACGGAUGCUACCAUUGGAAUGUCAGUUUCUGAACAAAACAGCUUUGAUUGCAGCUACAGGACAGCAGCCACAACCUAUUAAACAUUUUGCAUUGAAGAGAAAACCUAAAUCUGCAAUACUGAGAGCUGAACUACUGCAAAAAUCCACUGAAGUUGCCAGCAGUAAAAAAAAUAAUCCAAGCAGUAGUUUACCACUAAAAGUCAGAAGUUUUGCUAAGAAAAUGGACGAUGCAACACCACUUAAAGGACUGCCAAAUAGGACUCCACCAUCCAGUGGAUUUCGAUCACCAGGGACUUCAGGCCCAAGCAGAGUCAAUCCUACACCUACAACACCAAUGGCCAGGCCUACAUCAGUACGCAAGGAUGUUGGUAUAAAGUUAUUAGACAUGGAAGAAUUACCGCUUGGUGCAAAAGAGGCAAAGAGAAGGAGAAAAAUUGCAGAAAUGGAGGCUGCAGAGCAAGCUAAGAAAGAAAAGGAAGCUGCAGCUGCUGCUGCCGAGCAAGCCGCAGCAACAACAGUGUCCUAUACACCAGACUAUGCUGCUGGACUGGUAAAUCCUGCCCCAUCAAAACUUCCAGCAAUACAAGCUAUUGUUACUGGGACUACCCCAUCACUGGGCCCUUCAGUGUCAUAUGUUCCACAGAUUAGAGCUAAUACACAGCUUACAGCACCACUUGCAAUGACAUCAGCAACCAGAACACAGCAGGCUAGGGAUAAUUUACAGCAACAGUUAGAACAACAGUUAGGCCAAUCACAGAUCAGAACACAGUCAUCACUGCCUGUCCAAUCACAGAAUCCAUUACAACCCACUCCUGUUUCAUUGCCUGGGCAACCACCUACACAACCAAUACAGCAACUAAACAAUCAACAACCUCAGCUGCAGACGACACAGCAGCAAAAUGCUCCAAAGAAAGGAUUAUCUUUGACAAGAGAACAAAUGUUAGAAGCACAAGAAAUGUUUAGAACAUCAAAUAUUGUGACCAGACCUGAAAAGGCAUUAAUUUUAGGGUUUAUGGCUGGUUCCAGAGAUAACCCAUGUCCUCAACAAGGUCAUAUUUUAAGUAUACGACUUAGUGAAACAAAGGAGAUGGUACUACAGGCAGAUAAUACAAGUAAACCUAUGUUGGCUGAUGUGUUUUUCCAAAUGAACUAUCAAACUGGGGAAUGGAAAAGGAUUAAGAAAUAUCGGGAAUGUGAACAAUUAUAGAUUGUUGCAAUUGUUAUUGUUAUUUAUUAAUAAAAUGUCAUGUGUUGUUUUA